AACCCGUGGGAACGGGGACAUUCCGUGUUCAGAAGAUUUUGCCACACAUUACCCCUCAUCGUCUGGAUAUCGAAAAAUGCCGCCCUCAGAGACAUCGGCAUCGGAAUCGACAUCUUUAGAAAACAACACGGCCUCGUACUUACGCAAUGCCUCCUUUACUCGCUCAGCACCACCACCUUUCCUCAACACCGACGGACCUUUAACCGCUUCCGACUUGCUUACCUCUGAUAAUUUUGAUCCUACCAAGUUGCACCCAAUGGCAAACUUGGGAGACAACUUGGAUUUUCUUGUUUUGGAAGAUGAUAAGCGGAAUCAACUUCCUGGUGCUGAGACUGCACUGCCAAGCCGUGGUUGGACCGAUGAUUUGUGUUAUGGGACUGGUACUACAUAUCUAUCAGCUCUAGGAGGCCUCUGGGGAUUACGCGAAGGUGGCACUCGCCAACUCGCCGUAUCAAAUUCACGGUUACGGUUGAACAGCAUCCUCAACUCGAUCACUCGAAGAGGUUCAUUCAUGGGUAACUCGGCUGGUGUGCUAGCUCUUAUAUAUAAUGCCAUUAAUUCAUCUAUCGAUCAUUAUCGGGGGAAACAUGAUACUUAUGGAGGAAUGGCAGCCGGUGCAUUGACCGGAGCGCUUUUCAAGUCGACAGCUGGUGUGCGACCUAUGCUCGCUGCUGCUACCCUCAUGACGGGGGCCGCUGGUAUUUGGAGUCUAGUUAAACGAUCUCUAUUAUAACGCGGUGGCGCGACCAUCGUUGCAAUUAUAAUUACUCGGAGAACAUGUAACACACGGCAACACCUGGUACAU